ACUCACCCACCCACGCCCACAUUCGGGCACCAAGGAACUGUUCUUGUGUGAAAAACACACACACAUUUGUUUUAUUUCGCUAGGACCCUCGACGAUUACUUCACAAAUCGGAAAAUGCCGUCGAAAAAGAAAAAAUACAACGCACGCUUUCCGGCGGGCCGCAUCAAGAAGAUAAUGCAGAGCGACGAGGAAAUCGGGAAGGUGGCCCAGGCGGUGCCCGUUAUCAUCUCGCGCACGCUGGAGCUCUUCGUGGAGUCGCUGCUGACCAAGACGCUGCGCAUCACGAAUGCGCGCAACGCCAAGACGCUAUCGCCAUCGCACAUGAGGCAGUGCAUCGUGUCCGAGAAGCGUUUCGACUUCCUCAAGGAGCUGGUGCGCAACAUACCCGACAUCAGUGUCGCCGAGGAGGCCGCCUACAACGAGGACGAUGUGCUGCGCAGCUCCCCGGAGGAUCAGUACCCCGAUUCGGACACGCCAUAUGAUCUUAGCCUGCCAUCGACGUCCAUGCGCUCGCAGGCGAACGGCACCGCCGCCGCCUAUAUGCGCUCCAUGAGUCUGAACAAUGGAGCCGGGAUGGGCGGAGGCACCUCCGCCACCAAGCGGCAGUAUCAGCCACAGCCUGCGCACAUCAACCAUCCAAAUCCCAUCACCACCACCACCACCCUGCCCGCCAAACUGGCCCGUUCCGAGUCCACGCCGGCCUACACGCCCCGCGGCCGGCCGCCCAAUCACCUCAAGAAGCAGUCGAUGCAGCUCGACACUGCCAUACCUGCCCCGAUCUGCAGCUACGAACUCAACAAGCCCAUCGUGAAGAUCGACUACAGCCACAUGCAGAUGCAGAUGCCCACGACGAACCUCUGCACACCGGAUGCCUCUGAUUCCGGAUCGGGAUCUGGCGCCGGUUCCGGGGCCUUCAACUUUGACAUCGCCGCGCCGGUGAUCAAUAUCGAUCUGACGAAUAUCGUGGCCCCUGGAGGAGGAGUAGGAGCGGCGGGCAGCCGAAUGCACCCCACCACCACCGCCACGGAUAACAACAACGUGAACCAAAUGGCUGGAAAGAGCAGCGCUCCCAUCAUUCCAAAGGCCACCGCGGCAUCAGCGACCCCCACUGAAACCGUUUUCGAAUUAGACGAAGACUAUGACAAUAUUUGAUUAGGAUCUAUGUGAAUGCGCUUUUAAAUUAUUGAUACAUUAAUAUGUACUCUAGGUCUAAGUAAACACACUAACCUUUUUUUGCAAAAUAAAGACCAUGCUGGAUUUUAAGCUGAC